GGAGGUCCACGACGCCAAGCUAUCCCUCCUCGCUGGCACGCGCGGCGGCGAGCUGGCUGGCCCGCCCGGCGGCCAGGCGCUGCGCCUCGCGGCCAGGCUGCCGAGCCUGGGCGCGCGGGCUGCCACCGAGGCCCCGCACGGUGCCACUGA